AUGGCCGUGGUCAACGAGGCAGUGAAAGAGCUGCCUCUUCACAAAGCUAUAUCAGGAAUCUUUGGAAGCAUUAGCAUGGCGGCAUGGAUCUGUGUUAUUCUACCUCAGAUGAUUGUCAACUACCGAGCGAAGAGCGCCGACGGGCUGAGCAUGCCGUUUCUGGUUGUCUGGAUGAUUGGCGAUGCUACCAACUUGAUCGGUGGACUCUUUACGCAUCUGGCGCCGACAGCGGUCGCAUUGGCCAUGUACUUUUGCGUCGCCGAUUUCCUCCUCAUCUCCCAGUGCCUAUACUACAACACGAUUAACGCUCGCCGAGCUGCGGAGGAGGCGGAGGCCACCGAGGAGGCGCCCCUUCUUGGAGAGCGGCGCAUGUCGCAUCGCCGAUCGGUGUCGAGCGAGGACGUCGGCAAGAUUGCGCCGGCCGGCGACGAACUGAUUGAGCGGUCUUCGUGGUCGUCCAAUGCAUUCAGCCUGAUUGCCGCUGGAGCGUACAACGAGGCAGACCCUGUCGUCUUCAACGCCGUGGAGUCAUCAGACUUGCUGGAGAAGAUUGGAAUGGUGCUGGGCUACUUCAGCGCAGUCUGCUACCUCUGUGCUCGAAUUCCCCAAAUCAUCAAGAACUACCGAGAAAAGUCUUGCGAAGGCCUCUCGAUUCUGUUCUUUAUGCUUUCCCUGACUGGAAACCUGACAUACGCAAUCAGCAUUGUGGCCUACUCCCAGGACAGGAAAUACAUCAUCAACACCAUCCCUUGGCUGAUUGGGUCUCUUGGCACCGUCGUCGAGGACGGCACCAUUUUCGUGCAGUUCCGAUUAUACGCCAACAACAGGCGAAGCGACGGCCAGGCAUAA